AAACGCUCAAAUAUACAAACGGUGCACCAAAUUCUUAAGAGUUCAGAUUCUCUGCUGCCCGCCUCGGCAGCAAUAUUAAAUGAUUAUAUUUUGUUUUGUUGCCUUGUAUUGUUACCGUUACAAUGCAAGGUGAUGAUGGGCCCAUGCCAUGCCAUCUGUCUCUGAAGCACUUUUUGUUCUCUUCCACUGUUAUAUUUAUAAAAACACACACACACACACUCCCUCUCUCUCAUCACACAAACAAUGGUCGCCUACGGUGAUGACAUGCUCAAGGGAUCAUCAUCGUGCGGAUGCCAACAGCUUCAGCUCUCAUCCUUUGUCAUCAGAGAUGUAAACUACAGCUGUGGUUCGUGUGGUUAUGAGCUGAACUUGAACUCGAGCAACCGCAACACUUCCCUCAUGGACUCAAAGUCCAUAAAGAGAGGCAUCAUUUCCUUCUUCUCCGUGGAUGAGAGCAGGUUCACUCAGAUCCAACAACUUCCAUGGUCUUCUUGGAUACCCUUUUUCAACUCCAAGCGCCAGAGAACCAAACUCCUUUGCCGCGGCUGUGGUAACCACCUUGGCUAUGCUUACUCUUUGCCCUCUCAAUCAUGGGAUGGCAUCUCUGACGAUUCUAGAAUCUAUGAUAUCAAACUAACCGCUUUGUUACCUUCCUCUUGUGAGGAACCAAGUCAAGGGUUAGAGGAUAUUGCCAAGUUUGAGAGUGCAUCUUCUGCUGUGGUGUUCUAAUCCUGAAAGGAAAGGGAAGAUAUACAUUUUUUUUUUGUUUAAUUUAAAAGUGUAAGGUCGGGGUUGUAUGAAUGUGAAUUGUGAAUUAAUGUAUUCUACUUUUUAACAAUAUUAUGAAGAUAUUUUGUCUA